AUUAUGGGUAUCAAGAACGCGGUCCUGCUCUCUGUUGCAGCUCUUGCUCAAAUUGGCACUUGCACACCUACAGGUCAAAUUGAGCCACCCAUCCCUGAGCUCUCUCGUCGUGCGCCAAACACUAUCUGGAUUUGGGCUGGCCCUAAUUAUACUGGCCCAAGCCAGAGUCUUACUUACAACACCGUUAACGAGUGCCACGCCAUUAACUGGGACACCAUUGGGUCAAUCUGGUUGCCAGAUAACGUUGUUUGCACAUUUACCGUCAAGCCCGGCGAUUGUCAGGAUGAUGUUGGCAACUUCCGGUCUCAAACCAUCUUCCCCUCAGGCCUGGCAGAUAUCCGCCAGUGGUGGGAGCCAAGAAAGGCAGACUUCCCAGCUUACUGGUUCCACAAUGCCCGGUCAAUUCAAUGUGGUGGAGCAAACUUUUAG